ACUGAUCGUAAAGCUGCCAGAAACUUUUAUGCCACAAUUAAGCACCUGCUACGACAGAGCAAAUAAGCCAAAUCAUGCGGCUGGCAGGCGAGCUUUACGUGUUCCUUCCCCGUGACCCACUCGAAGACGGAAGCUAAAAGCUGCAGCUCGGCAGCUUGCAGUUUCAUUCCAGCACAAUGCAGGGAAAUUAAUAACUUUCCCCAAGAAGUCGACAGCCUCAUUGCUAGCUUCCAGGGUCCCUGUGGAAUACGGAGACUCACCAGGGAGAAGCAUAUGCCAGACUUAAAAAACAAAAGGACCCCCCCAGACAAGUACUUCAGAUUCCUUCUGCUAUGGAGAGAGAGAUUCCUGUCUUACGAGUUAGGUCCCAGUUAAUGGAUUCUGACAUGGAUUAUGAGAGGCCAAACGUAGAAACUAUCAAGUGCGUCGUGGUUGGGGACAACGCGGUGGGCAAGACUCGGCUCAUUUGCGCCCGCGCCUGCAAUGCCACGCUGACCCAGUACCAGCUUCUCGCCACCCACGUGCCCACGGUCUGGGCCAUUGACCAGUAUCGUGUUUGCCAGGAGGUGCUGGAGCGCUCCCGAGAUGUGGUGGAUGAUGUUAGUGUGUCCUUGCGCCUCUGGGAUACCUUUGGGGACCACCACAAAGAUAGACGCUUUGCUUACGGAAGGUCUGAUGUUGUGGUUUUAUGCUUCUCCAUUGCUAACCCGAACUCCCUGCACCAUGUUAAGACCAUGUGGUAUCCAGAGAUCAAGCACUUCUGCCCCCGAGCACCUGUCAUCCUGGUGGGCUGCCAGCUUGACCUUCGCUAUGCCGACCUGGAAGCAGUCAAUCGAGCCAGACGACCCUUGGCCAGGCCAAUCAAACCUAAUGAGAUUCUGCCACCAGAGAAGGGGAGGGAGGUGGCCAAGGAGCUGGGCAUCCCCUAUUACGAGACCAGCGUGGUAGCCCAAUUCGGUAUCAAGGAUGUCUUUGACAACGCCAUCCGGGCUGCCCUUAUCUCCCGCCGGCACCUGCAGUUCUGGAAGUCCCACCUCCGCAACGUCCAGAGGCCACUGCUCCAGGCCCCUUUCCUGCCUCCCAAGCCACCCCCACCCAUCAUCAUGGUCCCAGACCCCCCUUCCAACAAUGAGGAGCACCCAGCCCACCUGCUGGAGGACCCACUGUGUGCAGAUGUCAUUCUGGUGCUGCAAGAGAAGAUCAAAAUCUAUGCCCACAAGAUCUACCUCUCCACCUCCUCCUCCAAGUUCUACGACCUGUUCCUGAUGGACCUGAGUGAGGAGGACCAGCAGGGGGCAGCUGGGGGCAGUUCCAGGGUUGCCGUCUCCACCACUGCCACCGAGCGGACACUGCACCAGGAGGAGAGGCACCAUGGGCGUGACUUCCUCCUCCGAGCUGCCAGCUUCGACAUCUGCGAAAGCACCGAGGAGUUCAGCUGCAGCCAGCGUCCACCGUGCCUUAGACCCUCCACCAGCGACGGGAUCCUGCGAGGCAACAGCUACGAGAAAGGGCAGCACGGGCUGAGGCGGGGGAGGAUCCUGUCUUCCUGGAGCCGUGCCUUCGUCAGCAUCCAGGAAGAGAUGGCCGACGACCCCCUGACCUACAAAUCCCGGCUUAUGGUGGUGGUGAAGAUGGACCCUUCCAUCCAGCCCGGACCCUUCCGGGCGGUGCUCAAGUACCUGUACACGGGGGAGCUGGACGAGAACGAGCGGGACCUCAUGCACAUUGCCCAUAUCGCUGAGCUGCUGGAGGUCUUCGACCUCAGGAUGAUGGUGGCCAACAUCCUGAACAACGAGGCGUUCAUGAACCAGGAGAUCACCAAAGCCUUUCACGUCAGGAGGACCAAUCGUGUGAAGGAGUGCCUGGCCAAAGGGACUUUCUCUGAUGUCACCUUCAUCCUGGACGAUGGUGCUAUUAGUGCCCACAAGCCCUUGCUCAUCUCCAGCUGCGACUGGAUGGCUGCUAUGUUCGGGGGUCCUUUUGUUGAGAGCUCCACCCAAGAGGUGGUGUUCCCUUACACCAGUAAGAGCUGCAUGCGGGCUGUUCUUGAGUACCUGUACACUGGCCAGUUCAGCUCCAGCCCGGACCUCGACGACAUGAAGCUCAUCAUCCUGGCCAAUCGGCUGUGUCUGCCACACCUGGUGGCUCUCACAGAGCAGUACAUGGUGGCGGGCCUGAUGGAGGCAUCGCAGAUGUUGGUGGAUAUCGAUGGGGACGUCCUCGUGUUCCUGGAAUUGGCGCAGUUCCACUGUGCGUACCAGCUUGCAGACUGGUGCCUUCAUCACAUUUGCACCAACUACAACAAUGUCUGUCGGAAGUUCCCCCGGGAUAUGAAGGCCAUGUCAGCAGAGAACCAGGAGUACUUUGAGAAGCACCGCUGGCCGCCGGUCUGGUACCUGAAGGAAGAGGAUCACUACCAGCGGGCCAAGAAGGAGCGCGAGAAGGAAGACUACCUCCACCAGAAACGGCAGCCCAAGAGGAGGUGGCUUUUCUGGAACACAUCCUCGUCCCCUUCUGCCUCCCCUUCCUCAUCAGCAGCCACAGCCUCCUCCUCCUCCUCUUCAUCGUCGUCGUCCUCCUCAGCUGUGGUUUGACAGCUCCCAUUGCCCUCACUCCAGUGUCCCUGUGAGAAGGUGGCAGCCGACCGACUGACCCGUACCAGCAUCUAGUCCACCAGGCUUGGAGUAGACACCACCAGCUAAGCCCUUCAGUGGAGAAUGUGGGAAAAGAGUCCUUGGUAGAGUGCGCAGGUACCAUAUAGGGGGGCUCAGGACCAUGAGUCUCUGGAUCCCCUUAGGAGUUCUCCAGGGUCCUGAUCCCUGCUGUAGUUGCUCUGGCUGGAGACAAGAACAGGGUGGUUGUUAGAGCAGGGCCCCCACGGCGGGUUGCUGGCAUGCAGAAGGCUUUGCAGAGACUCAUCAGCAGGAGAACCUCACAUUUACCAGAGCGUGAGCUUUCUGUUGUUUUAAAACCAAUAUUCUACAAGGAGAAAAAUGAAAUUCCUUUGGGUUCUGCUUUUAUUUUUUAACUGGAGGUUGUGUCUUGUUUUGUCCGAUGGCGACUCACUCCUCCUCACCCCUGGGACAUUUCAAGCCGGAGCAGGAACAUGCCCUGAGAUUUCCGCUGGGGCUCCUUUGACAGGGAGCAGGCCUGUCUCUCUUUGCACUUAACAGCCUGGCUCUGGCCUCUGGAACAUUUGCUUAGGUAGGAUGCGCCUUCUGGGACCAGCCUAAGCCUGUACAACCUUCCAGGAAAGCCCCAUGGACACCUAAGCAGAGUCAGCCUAGGAAUCAGUCUCCCUUUGCUGCAGGUGGAGAGUAUAUUCACAAAGCAGCCAGCUCCUCCACUGACUGAGAACCCCACCCCAGUCCUCUGCCUUCCUUCCUGCUUAGUGAGCUCUCCCAGGAGGAUCUUGCAUUUAACAAUCCCAGCUAGGGUCUGCUGUGAUUCUGUGGGUUUAGCCAGGGUCAGGUGGAGAGCUGGGGAUGAUGAGCUGAGAAGCAGCCUACCCAGAGGACUGUUUUGGGACAGGCUGCUUCUGCACCAAUGUGGAACCCUAGCCUCUGACUUCUUUUUUAAAGACCCCUCACACACACACAGCCCCAACUCUCCCAUUGGUUGGGAUUUUAGCUCUGAAGGCUCCAUUGUAAUAAAUGGUAUUUUAAAGACUA